AUGGCGUUUCUGGGAGGAUCAUUGCGCGUGACGAGAAGCAUUGGAAGCCGGAAGACGACGAAGGGGAAGAGCCACGGCGGGUCGGGGUCGUGGCGGCAGGCGCCGGCUCCCGUGAGGGAGCUGUUCUGGAGGGUGAGGCGCGUUGUGCUACGGCCAAAGCGCCGCGCCGUGAGCUUUGGGUACGACCUCAAGAGCUACUCCCAGAACUUCGAUGAUGGCCUCGUCCCUGCCCAUCGCCUCUAG